CCUGUACGAUUCAACAUCUAGUAAAUAUCAAGAAAACAGGGUUUAAAUGACACAAAUUGGAGCAAUUAUCUUAUCAACAAAGCAGCAGCAAGAUCAUGGAAUUCAUGUUAAAAAUUAUAGUCUUUACCGGAAAUAUUGUAAAAAAAAACUAAGUCAAAUGUCUAAACAGUUAGGAAUACGGCAAAAUAAUAAGAAAUAUAUGAAGAAUAAGGAACUAGAAGAGAAUCCAAUAUACCAUGAUUUUUUGGUUAUGAAGAGUGAACGAGCUUGGGCAUACGCUAUGGAGCUAAAAACAAGAAAUAGACAAUAUAAAAAGGUUAAAUUAAACCGGCGACAAAUUAUCCGUAGGCUUUCUAGAGCUUAUCAAUAUGCUUAUUAUUUAAGCAAAGUCAUGGAACAAAAAUCAUCUAUUCUUCGAUUAGAAGCGGUUGGAUAUAUGUCAAUAAAGAGAGGACAAUUGGCAUUUGAGUGUUGUCAAUGGGGACAAUCUCUUAGGAGUUUAUCAGAGGCGAGAAUUAUAUUAGAAAUAAUAUAUGAAAAUAAAGAAGAUCAAUAUCUUGUAAAAGAACUAAUAAAAUCAAUUGAACGAAGUAUUAGAUAUUCAGCAUAUCAAGAAAAAGUAGAUAUAGAGGAUAUUUUUUAUAUCUCGCAAAAAAAUACAUUGGAAAAUAAAGCUUUAACAUCAUUUAUAGAAAGUUUUAAUUGUGAAGUAUUAAAACGUAAAAGUGAGGGAAAUUCAUUUGUAAAUUCGAAAAUAGAAUGGAGAGGACAUGUUUCACAUAUCCGAGAUGCGGAUAUAGCUAUUUCAUUAUCAUAUAUUCAAGAUUUAUAUAAGUCAAUUCAAAACAAAACGUAUAUAAAUUAUUCAGAAAGAAAAGAUGAAUAUAACAAAUUAUUAUCAGCAUAUGCAGAAGCAGAAAAUAUAAUAAAAAAAGUAAUAGAAAAAACAGAGCGUUCUGGAAUAGAAGAUCAAACACAAGAUCUUUAUAUUACAUAUUCAUAUAUUUCAUACAAUUAUAUUAUAGAACAAAUAAAAUAUAACUUAGAGAUAAUUUCAGAAUUAAAUAUGAAAUCUUCAAAUGGAAAUAUUAAACAAUAUAUUGUUUGUAAAUUAACUAAAUUAUAUGACAAUAUUUUACAAAACCUUGAUACUAUAUCAGAGCUCUCAGGAAUUUCAAAUGACUUAAACUUUCUUCAAACAAUAAAAUUAGAAAAAUACUAUUUCAAAUCUCAACGUUGUCUUGCAAUUUCUAUGUCAUAUUUCUUGGUUUUAGAUUAUAAGUCAGCUUUAGCUUUAGCAAUACGAAGCUAUGAUUAUUUAUCAAAGAUUUCUCUUGCAAAUAAUAAAGAGAUGAUUUUUAUAAAUGAAGAAAAACUUAUAGAAUUAAAAAAAGACAUAGAUACAAAAAUAAGUAGAUUCCGCGCAUUUUCAUGCUUAACUAUUACAGAAACUGAUAAAGAAGAAUCAUCAUUAAAGAUGUCUACUUUAGGGACUGUAGAUAAUAAUAGCCAGGAGCCUAGCUUAUCUACACUUGCAAAAUUCCCUUCAAAAUUGGAAUCAAUAUUUUGUAAACCUUUUUUUUUCGAUAUAGCAUAUAAUUAUAUAGAUUAUAAAGAAUCUACAGAACAAUCAGUUAAUAAAGGCAAUUUUUUUAAAAGCUUUUUGAGAAAAUAAGAAUUCAAUCUUAUUAUAU